AUGCCUGUCAAAGCUAUAGCAAGAACCUCGAUAGCACGGAAUGGAUUAGGUACUUACGUACUUCCCUGCAACAAACUAACGCUACAGUACUGUAACUGGGGAGGGUCCUCCCAAGGUAUGAGACACAUUUUAACAAAUGGACAAUUGGAUAAGCUAGCACAAUCGAAACCUCAAGUGAUGUUUGAGGUGCUCAAGAGACAAGGACAUCCUAAACUCAUUUUUCGUUAUAAUGAUGAUAAAGUUACAGAGGUUGAUGUGAGGAACAUGAAGAAUCACGAAAUUGUUCAAAAGAUCAAUGAGUAUCUACAACGAUCAGGUAAUGACUUGUUCAAAUGUAACCACAAGGUUGCAUCAGAAAAUGAUUCGGUUAGAGGAAUAUGGUCACCUUUGCAUGCACCAAAGGGACACAGGUUUAACAUAUAG